AUGGCAAUUCACAAAUCAAUAAGUAAGCAACUUUCUUUACCAGUUGAAUAUACAGAUGAGCAAAAAUCAUUUUAUUCUUCUACUGGAUUAUUACAGACUCAUUCUAUCUUGGAUGAUGAUAUUGAGUCUGGAUUAAAUAUACAUGACGAUGAUUUGCAUUCCUGUGUAAGUAUACAUAAAUCCAAUAUAACAAUUGAGAGACCGAAUUCCUAUCACUCAGGUAGUUCUUCUACUUCUUUAACCUCAUGUUUAAGAUGCCUAAAUUCAGGCCAAACUGUAUCAUCUCAUACAAAAGCUGUUGAUGAAAUAAACUAUGAUUCAGAACCACAAUGUUCACGUAAUUCUGUUACAUCAAAUAUAUCAAAGUUAAAAUAUUUUGAUGAUACAGAUACAAGUAAUUUAUUUGAUAAUGUACAGAAAGAUACAUUUAAAGAUCGUCUACUUUAUUUUCCUACAAUAAGUAAUCAAUUAUUGUUGACAAUCCUACUAAACAUUGAAAAAUAUGAUAGUACUAGUGCAAUUGAUGCUAAAUUUUCACUACCAAAAAAAGAAUUGAAAUUUGCCGUACCAGAAUUUUUAAUGCCCAUUAUAGAUCGUCGUACAUCAUCACAAAUAUUUAAUGUUAAACAAAUAUCGGCAUCAACAUUAAAUAUUGAAAAUAAAUUGUUGAAAAGACGAAAAACUAUUAAAGAACGUUUCAAACAAUUACACAGUGAUUAUGAUGGUAGUAAAUUUUGGAAUAAAUUAAAUAAAAAUUUUAAAAUGAAUAAAGUUAUAAACUUGUCCAAUACUAGAUCAAGAUCAAGUAUGGCUAUUUCCAUGGAUUAUACACAUCAUAAAGAUUCUGUUUCACGAUCUAGUAUUACAUCAUGUGAUGAUUGUAGACGUAUUACCAUUAAUGUAAGUGGUUUAAAUUUGAAACAUGGCUAA